GUGGCGAUUCAGUGAAUUUCAAUAAAGUGACGAGAUAUCCCCUCACAUUUCGCAGUGCUUCACAUUGCUUUUUGGUGAAAAAAAAAAAAUUUUUUUCUUUUGUGAAAAGUGCCCGGUUUUAUAUAUUUAUAAAAAUUCAACUGUAAAUCUCCUAGAGAUUCACAAUGGUUUCGUUAAAUCCUGUAAGGAUUUUAAAAACGAAUGCCGAAGAGGAGAAGGCAGAGACGGCCCGUUUGGAUUUAUUCGUUGGCGCAAUUGCAAUUGGCGAUCUUGUUAAAUCCACUCUUGGUCCAAAGGGUAUGGACAAAAUUUUAGUCGCUCACGGUCGUUCAGCAGGCGAUGUUCAAGUGACAAAUGAUGGUGCAACAAUUUUGAAAAAUGUCGGAGUCGAUAAUCCAGCGGCAAAAAUUCUCGUCGACAUGUCCCGUGUUCAAGACGAUGAAGUUGGCGACGGAACAACAUCCGUUACAGUUCUUGCUGCCGAAUUAUUGCGAGAGGCGGAAAAAUUGAUUGAUCAAAAAAUUCAUCCACAAACAAUAAUUGCUGGUUGGCGAAUGGCCGUUGAAGUUGCACGUACAGCGCUUCAAAAUGUUGCUUCUGACAAUUCAGCUGAUCACGAACGUUUUCGCGAAGAUUUAAUGAAUAUUGCACGAACAACAUUGAGUUCAAAAAUUCUCUCGCAUCAUAAGGAGCAUUUCAGUAAAUUGGCUGUCGAUGCAGUGACACGUCUCAAGGGUUCGGGUAAUCUAUCAGCAAUUCAAAUCAUCAAGAAACGUGGCGCAACACUCGCUGAUUCUUUUCUUGACGAAGGAUUUUUGCUGGACAAAAAACCCGGUGUUCAUCAGCCGCAAAAAAUCAAUGACGCCAAGAUUCUUAUUGCAAACACUCCCAUGGAUACCGACAAGAUUAAGGUUUUCGGCUCGAGAGUUCGUGUUGAUUCAAUGGCGAAAAUCGCUGAAUUGGAAUUGGCUGAAAAAGAAAAGAUGAAGGAUAAAGUAGAAAAGAUUUUAAAACACGGCUGUAAUGUUUUUAUAAAUCGACAAUUGAUUUACAAUUAUCCCGAGCAAUUGUUCGCUGACGCCGGUGUCAUGGCCAUUGAACAUGCAGAUUUUGAUGGUAUUGAACGUCUCGCCCUUGUUACUGGCGGGGAAAUUGUCAGCACUUUUGACAAUCCCGAAUUGGUUGCACUUGGAAAAUGCAAAACCAUCGAACAGGUGAUGAUUGGUGAGGACACUCUUUUGCGUUUUUCGGGCGUUCCUCUUGGAGAAGCUUGCACUGUUGUAAUUCGAGGAGCAACUCAGCAAAUUCUCGAUGAAGCCGAUCGUUCUUUGCACGAUGCACUUUGCGUUCUUGCCGCAACUGUUCAAGAAUCGAGAAUCGUUUACGGAGGCGGUUGCAGCGAAAUGGUGAUGGCUUGCGCUGUUAUGAGAGCCGCUGCAGCAACACCAGGAAAAGAGGCUGUUGCAAUGGAAGCUUUCGCUAGAGCAUUGUCCCAAUUACCAACUGUUAUUGCCGAUAAUGCGGGUUUUGAUUCCGCACAAUUGGUCAGCGAACUCAGAGCUGCUCAUAAUUCCGGAGCAUCCACCAUGGGUUUAAACAUGGAACGAGGUGAAAUUGGAUGCAUGAAAAAACUUGGCAUCACUGAAUCAUGGGCUGUAAAAAGACAAGUGCUAUUGAGUGCAAGCGAAGCGGCAGAAAUGAUUCUUCGCGUUGACAAUAUUAUGCGCGCAGCACCCAGAAAGCGCGUCAAGGACCGUGGACGUUGUUAAUUUACGUUCAAUUACAACUUCAUUAUUUUUUUUGCAUUUUCACUGCUGCUUUUGUUUCUUAUUAUUUUUUUAUUAAAUCAAAAAAAAAUAGUAUUGUCACGCUAAUGCUCGUAAGAAUAUUGUUUAUAUGAAAUACUGUUAAAUUGCAUUUUGGUGAAUUUUUCUUGCAAAAUAAUUUGUUCAAAGUCUCUUUGAACAUUUUAUUUUGAGGAAUGAUCUUAAAAAAGAAGAAGAAGGAGAAGAAGAAGAAGAAGAAUUUAUAAAAAAAAAACAAAAUAACAAAAAUAAAAUAAGAUCAUUCACCAAGAUGCAAUAUAUUCAGAAUUUUUAAUAAGCGUCUCUUUUUAUAACAAAAGAAAAAAAACACAAUUUAAUAUUAAUAAAUACUUGUACCGUUGAA